AGGUUUAACAGUCGAGAUAGACUGCUGUGAAGAUGGAGUUUGUUAAAGAGGAGAGUGAUGCAGAAACAUGUGGAGAGAAAGAGGAAGAAACUGAGGAACGGAGAGACCUGGUGGAGGUGAAAGAGGAAAGUGAAGAACUGAAUGAAGGGGAGGAGAAACAGCAGAAUCAGGAACCUCUACGUUUCGUACGUGGAGAAAAAUCUUUUAGUUGCUCUCAGAGUGAAAAUAAUUCCUCACCAGAGCCCAAUAAUUCGUUCAUGUGUCCUCAGUGUGGAAAGAGCUUUGCUUGCAAAAGAGACCUUAAGAGGCACAUAAGGAUUCACACCGGAGAGAAACCGUUUCCGUGCUCUCAGUGCGAAAAGAGUUUCGCAAAUUCUGGAGAUCUGAAGAGACACGUAAGAAUUCACUCCGGAGAGAAGCCUUUCACCUGCUCUCAGUGCGGAAAGAGCUUCACGCAGAAGGAAGGUCUGAAGGAACACAUGAAAAUCCACUCCGGAGAGAAGCCUUUUGCGUGCAUGCUGUGCGGGAAGAGCUUCACACAUCAAAACAGCUUGAAAAGACACAUGAAGGUCCACUCAGGAGAGAAGUUACACCAGUGUCCUGAAUGCGGCAGGAGGUUUUCAGAGGCCUGCAAUCUCAAAACUCACCUGCUCUCUCACACCGGAGAAAGACCCUUUCACUGUCAACGCUGCGAUAAGAAGUUUUUCCUGGCCGUGCACUUGAAGACGCACAUGAGGAUUCACGAAGACGAGCGGCGGUACGUGUGUUCAUUCUGCGGGAAGAGCUUUCUGUGGCUUAAUGGGUUUAAAGACCAUCAGAAAACGCAUACUGGUGAGAAACCCUUCGUGUGUUUGGACUGUGGAAGCACUUUCACUAGAGCCGGUGAACUGAAAGUGCAUGAACGGAUCCACACCGGAGAAAAACCCUACAAGUGUUCUCACUGUGAGAAGAGCUUCACAGUUUCAGGAGCCCUUAAAGUGCACGAGAGAGUUCACACCGGAGAGAAACCAUACCUCUGUCCCUCCUGCGGGAAGACUUUCAGCCGGUACGGAAAUCUAGGGAAGCAUUUGAAAAAGGCUUGUCCAAAGCUGAGACAGUGAGGAGGUUCACCUCCAGGUAUAGGCUUGUCCAUGUGAAUUGAACGCAGACGGCAGAGUUCGAACAUAUGACCUGUUAGCUAUGACUUGCCAAUCAACUAACAUGGUCAUUAUAAAAGCAAUACAUUUACAUACACAAACCUGAGAAUCGGAAUAUCAACUAUUUUACAAUCUAGGAAUAGUUCACCCCUAAAUGAAAAUGUCAGAAUGAGAGUCCAAACCGCUGAU